GGGUUUGUCAUCUAGGGUUUCACAGCAAUUUGAGAAAUUGGUUUUUAUUCAGCCAGGUUUAAUCAGAGUAGAAAGGGUUUUACACUGCAGCGUAAAGGAUGAAGCUUGACGUGAAUGUGUUGAGAUAUUUAUCGAAAGAUGAUUUUCGAGUUCUCACUGCUGUUGAGAUGGGAAUGAGAAACCAUGAGAUUGUUCCUUCUGAGCUCGUGGAGCGCAUUGCUUCUCUAAAACAUGGAGGCACAUACAAGGUCCUGAAGAACUUGCUCAAGUAUAAGCUUUUGCACCACGAUGCCUCUAAAUAUGAUGGAUUCCGACUCACCUAUCUCGGUUAUGACUUUCUUGCCAUUAAAACAUUGGUCAACCGUGGUGUAUUUACCGGUGUUGGUCGUCAAAUUGGUGUCGGUAAAGAGUCAGACAUAUUUGAGGUCGCUCAGGAAGAUGGAACUAUUCUGGCAAUGAAGUUACAUAGACUAGGGAGAACCUCCUUUAGGGCUGUCAAGUCUAAGCGUGACUACUUGAGGCAUCGUAGUAGUUUCAGCUGGUUGUAUCUCUCUCGACUUGCAGCUCUCAAGGAAUUUGCUUUUAUGAAGGCUUUGGAAGAACAUGACUUUCCGGUUCCAAAAGCUAUUGACUGCAAUAGGCAUUGUGUUAUCAUGUCCCUUGUGCAAGGUUACCCCAUGGUUCAGGUGAAGCAGUUACAGAAUCCUGAGACAAUUUUUGAGAAGAUCAUUGGCAUUGUUGUUCGUUUGGCUGAGCACGGUCUAAUUCACUGUGACUUCAAUGAGUUUAACAUCAUGAUUGAUGAUGAAGAGAAGAUAACAAUGAUCGACUUUCCACAAAUGGUUUCUGUUUCACACCGAAAUGCACAAAUGUACUUUGACCGUGAUAUCGAAUGCAUCUUCAAGUUUUUCAGAAAAAGGUUUAAUAUGUCUUUCCAUGAAGAUAAAGGUGAAUCAGAGGAGACGGAGGUUGACGAGAACAGCAGACCAUCUUUUUUCGAUAUAACUAAAGAUGCUAAUGCUCUGGAUAGAGAUCUAGAAGCUAGUGGGUUCACAAGAAAGGAGCAGACUGACCUCGAUAAAUUUAUUGAAGGUGGGGUGGAGAAGAGUGAAGAUUCUGAUGAGGAUGAGGAAUCUGAUGAUGAAGAGCAGACUUGUGAAUCAAAUGAAGAAGGAAACCUAAAUAAAUUGAAAUCAUUACAGUUGCAAGACGAGGAGCAAAAAAUUUCAGAUGGUGUUGAGGCAGAAGUUGAGUUGAAUAAUACCGAGAACGGUGAAAGCAAUGGAGAUGGAGAUGAAGAUGAAGUUGGAGAUAAUGAGGAGGAGGAAGAGAAAGAUGCAGAGCUGGAAAAAAAUUUGGGCAAGGUAAGACGCAGAGCCAUGACAGCAGCCAGGGGACGUAGAAAGCCGACCAAAUCAGCCCCGUGUUCUCCUGCAAAGCCACUUGGUAUCUCUCGGACUCAAUCUGAAUCAUUUCAUGCUAUCCACAAAGUUCCUGUCGGAGACAGUCCUUAUGUCAGAGCAAAGAAUGUUCAGUUGGUGGAGAAGGAUCCAGAGAGAGCAAUUCCUCUGUUUUGGAAGGCCAUUAAUGCUGGAGAUAGAGUGGACAGUGCUUUGAAAGACAUGGCUAUUGUGAUGAAGCAACAAAACCGCGCUGAAGAAGCCAUUGAGGCGAUUAAAUCACUCAGAGUUAGAUGUUCAGAUCAAGCCCAGGAAUCUCUCGACAAUAUUCUCUUAGAUCUCUACAAGAGAUGUGGGAGAUUAGAUGACCAGAUUGGACUUCUGAAACAUAAGCUCUUCUUGAUACAGAAAGGACUCGCCUUUAAUGGUAAACGAACCAAAACCGCUAGAUCUCAAGGCAAGAAGUUUCAAGUCUCUGUGGAGCAAGAAGCCACUCGGUUACUGGGAAACUUGGGAUGGGCUCUGAUGCAAAGAGACAAUUUUGUGGAAGCUGAAGAUGCGUACAGGAGAGCUUUAUCUAUAGCACCGGACAACAACAAAAUGUGUAACCUUGGUAUCUGCCUUAUGAAGCAAGGAAGGAUCGAUGAGGCCAAAGAGACUUUACGACGUGUGAAACCAGCGGUUGUUGAUGGUCCUAGAGGUGUGGAUUCACAUCUUAAAGCUUACGAGAGAGCGCAACAGAUGCUGAAUGAUCUUGGAUCUGAGAUGAUGAGAAGAGGAGGGGAUGAUAAGGUUGAACAAAGAAGGCUAUUUGAUGCAAUCUUUGGAUCUUCCUCUAUAUGGCAACCUCAGCCUUGUAGUGAGCAGAACGUGAAACCCAAAUCUAAGCCUGGUUUGAGUAAUGGUGAUGGAUACGGUGAUGAGAACGUGAAGAUGAGUGUGAAUCCACCAGUAGUAGUAAACCCAUUAAGGGUUGAUGCAAAACCCUUCUUCUCUUCAAAGUUGAUCAUCAGUAACAACGAGAAGCUGAAGAGAACGAGAUCUUCAAGCCAAGAGAUGGGAGUAUUGACUGGUGGUGGUGAUGAUCAUGAGGGAGAGACAAACACAAGCACAAGAAGGAGAUUGUCAAUGGAGAAGAAAGCAACAGACUGUGGAUUGCCAGACAACAAAGACUUUGAAGAUGCGAUUUUGGCUGCUGUUUUGGGAACAGAAACCAAAGUGGACAAGAAGAGGCUCAAGAGAGUACUUGAAGAAAUGGGUUGUUGUCAGUCAAGAAUAGAUAGCAAAGAGAUAGUGUCUCGUUGUAAAGCAAGGAAGAGAUACUUGAAACAUCUUGUUAAAGCUAGACAAACUCUCUCUGUUUCUCACGCGCUUUAUCUCCGUUCUCUACGCGCCGUCGGCUCUUCCCUUGUUCACUUCUCUUCCAAAGAAACUCCUCUUCACCUCCACCACAACCCACCUUCUCCAUCUCCUCCUCCUCCACCGCCGCCGCGUCCUCCUCCUCCUCCUCUAAGCCCUGGCUCUGAAACCACCACAUGGACCACCACCACCACUUCCUCUGCUCUUCCUCCUCCUCCUCCUCCGCCACCUCCACCUCCACCCCCUUCUUCUACAUGGGACUUCUGGGAUCCGUUUAUACCGCCGCCUCCUUCUUCCUCCGAGGAAGAAUGGGAGGAAGAGACAACCACCGCGACAAGAACCGCAACAGGAACCGGAACUGGCUCUGAAGCUGCUGUGACGACGGCUCCGACUACAGCUACUCCUCAAGCUUCGUCUGUAGUGAGUGGAUUCUCUAAAGAUACAAUGACGACGACUACGACGGGAAGUGAGUUAGCAGUUGUGGUGUCAAGGAAUGGUAAAGAUCUAAUGGAGAUUAUUAAAGAAGUCGAUGAAUAUUUCCUUAAAGCUGCAGAUUCUGGUGCACCUCUCUCUUCUCUACUUGAAAUCUCAACCUCUAUCACUGACUUUACCAAAUCAGGGAAAAUGUAUAGUAACUACGAAUGUAAUCUGAAUCCGACGUCGUUUUGGACAAGAGGAUUUGUUCCUCCUAAGUUGAAUGAAUACAGAAACGCAGGAGGAGUAAUUGGAGGAAACUGCAUUGUUGGUAGCCAUUCCUCUACAGUGGAUAGACUCUAUGCUUGGGAGAAGAAGCUUUAUCAAGAGGUCAAGAAUGCAGAGAGCAUAAAGAUGGAGCAUGAGAAGAAAGUGGAGCAAGUGAGGAGGCUUGAGAUGAAGAGAGCUGAGUAUGUCAAGACUGAGAAGGCUAAGAAAGACGUCGAGAAGUUAGAAUCUCAGCUCUCAGUAUCUUCACAAGCCAUCCAGAGCGCUUCUAACGAGAUCAUCAAGCUCAGAGAGACCGAGCUUUAUCCUCAGCUUGUCGAGCUUGUUAAAGGGCUGAUGUGCAUGUGGAGGAGUAUGUACGAGAGCCACCAGGUUCAAACCCAUAUUGUUCAGCAGCUUAAGUACCUUAACACCAUCCCCUCCACUGAACCCACAUCCGAGCUUCACCGACAAUCAACUCUUCAGCUUGAGCUCGAGGUCCAACAAUGGCAUCACUCUUUCUGCAACUUAGUCAAGGCCCAGCGCGACUACAUCCAAUCUCUCACGGGUUGGCUUAGGUUAAGUCUGUUCCAGUUCAGCAAGAAUCCACUUGUUAAGAGUAGCUACGAGUCGAAGAUCUACAGUUUCUGCGAGGAAUGGCAUUUAGCUAUUGAUCGGAUCCCUGAUAAAGUAGCAUCUGAAGGGAUCAAAAGCUUUCUGACCGCAGUCCAUGGAAUUGUGGCUCAACAGGCGGAUGAGCAUAAGCAGAAGAAGAGAACAGAAUCCAUGUUAAAAGAAUUUGAGAAGAAAUCGGCUGCGCUGAGAGCGCUUGAGAGCAAGUAUAGUCCAUACUCGGUGCCUGAGAGCAGGAAAAAGAACCCGGUGAUAGAGAAGAGAGCAAAGGUUGAGAUGCUGAAAGGAAAAGCAGAAGAAGAGAAAAGUAAGCAUGAGAAGUCAGUGAGCGUGACUAGAGCCAUGACUCUAAAUAACUUGCAGAUGGGAUUCCCUCAUGUGUUUCAGGCAAUGGUUGGGUUUUCAAGUGUGUGUAUGCAAGCCUUUGAGUCUGUGUACAACCAAGCUAAGAGCAUCGGUGAGGAUCAAGAGGAGGUCAAGAGGUUGCUUCCUUAAGGAGAGAAAGACAAAUCAAACAAAUUGUUUUACCAUUUGCUCUCUGUUUUUGCUUGAUCCUAGCCAAAUCUUUUGGUAAUAUGUUAGGUUGAGUUUAUGCUAUUUUCGAAAAUGAAAUUGGUUAAAGACU